ACUGAAGACUUUGGGGAGAAAAUUAAAAAAACUUUUGGCUUGUGCUCAAAUUUGGAACCGGGUGACAAGUUAGAACACAGGUUUUAUGCUCUACAAGCAUAUGUGAAGCAUCAACAUCCCCCAGGUCUUCUAGAAAAGUGUUUUAAUGCCUUUUAUGACUCUGAUGUCGUGUCUGAAGAGGCCUUCGAUGAGUGGGCCAAGUCUGUGGAUCCAGAGGAGCAGGAGGGAAAAGGAGUUUGUGUUAACCUUGUUAAGAGCUUCAUGCGAUGGUUAAAAGAAGCUGAAGUAGAAGGAGAAACUCAUACCUAAGCUCCUUUUAAAUAUGAACCCUAUUAUCUUCCCUCAGUAGCUGCCCACUAUACCAGGUCAAGUUCUUUUGUAACUGAUGGACACGGAUAUAUAAGGAAAUGUGAGCAAAGAUGAAGUGAAGUUGGAGCCAAAGCCAGAUAUAAUUGCGCCACAAUCUAGUGAAGUGUCGAGCCUGGGAGAAGAGGCAGAUGCUUCUAUAUAUACACCCACCCUUUUCCCCUUAAAGUGAUGGGGUGCCACUGGCUGGAGCUCGGACCGUCUCCCUGUUGUCUCGCUCUCGGAAGGAGAGAGAGCUACACUGCAGGCAAGACCUGAGCGAUGGCUGGAGCAUGAGGUGGACUCGGACUUAGUCAUGCUGCCCUAAUGUGUUUUUUAUAUUGUAAAUUAGUGCAUAUGCACACGGACAAAUGGUUAAUAGUGUUCUGUGAAAGUGCGUAUAGUGAAUUAUAAGAAUGUUUUGUAAUAUUUGCUAGGGUGAGCAUCAGUUGCAUAUUAAUUGUUAUUGUGUUAUAAAAUAGUAAAAUGGAAAACUGCAUUCCCUUCACUUCCAAGAUAAUGAGUGAUUGUAUAGAGGAUAUAUGCAUUUAGAUACUUGAAGCUCAGUUACUUGUUUACAGCUUGGCUCCUCAUAUGUUUUGUAAAUUAUGGCUCAAAUUCUGUGAUUUAUUUUGUAUAUUUAUAUAAAUAUUUAAAAAGUCAUGUACAGACCCGAGCAUGUGCCUAUGGCUGGAGGAUAUGCUUGCUGGCUGCUGUCAACUCAUGAACUCUCCCAUUAUUCAGGGACAUCGACCCACUGUUGAGUUUGAAUAUGCAAAAUGUGACAUUUGCAACCUGCAGCGAGUCGCUGUGUGUCCCGUUGAGUGCUUGCUACUCUGCUAGUUGUUAUGCCGAGGCAGCCGGGCCCCGGCCUGUGCCCUGGACUGUGUGACCUACAGGCAUGGCAGUGAUCUCCCAUGACCAUGCCUGACACGACCAUCCCCUUCCUAGGCAGACGCUUGAUCCGUGCUGUCCCUUUUUUGCUGCUGCUGUGCUUUGCUACAGAUUACAGUGAUUGCUGCCCUGUUAUGAGUACAUUUUUUGUGGCAUAAAUACUGUGACCUGUUUUGACCAGACGGACUCGUGACCACGUGCUAAUUAGUGAGUUGGGCACAGGACGGAGUUCAACUUCUCGUAUCGUUAAUGCGGUAAUAUAAGCAAAAUGGAAAACUGGGGUUAUAUUUAAGAUGAAGUGCUAUAAAUGAAUAUUGUAAACCAUAUCGCCUCUGAAAAUAAAUUUAAUAUUUACAAA